UGAGGGCACAUUCCUAGCGAUGGAGGAACUGAGAAAUAGAAAGAGCAGAUGACUUCCCAGAGCAACACCGCAACGCCAGCCUGGACUCUGAAGCUGCACGUUCACGUGCUGAGCUGCAAGGUCGUAUCCGAUUCUUUGCGACCCCGUGAGCUGUAUAGCCCGCCAGGCCCCUCUGUCCCUGGUGUUUCCCAGGUUCCUGCUGGCACUUUCCACUGACUGAACCAAACCCAGAGGACCAGGGAGCCCAUGGAUGCUUCCAGCAGGCUGGCCAGAGGGGCAGGAUGGAGCCAGGUGAGGAGCAGAGAUGGUCCAGAAGUACCGCUCACACCCGGUUCUUACUGCCGCACUCCGCCUGCUGGCUGCGGGCUCUGUCUUCACAGGAGCAUCCCUGGUGACGGGUCAGUGCUUGGAAUCUAGCUCAGUCUGUUGGCGUCGCAGACAUCACUGUAGGGGGUGCUCGGAGGGGCUGCACCCUUGAAAGAAACCCUGCCUGUUGACGCCUGGCAUUCCAUCACGAGGGAUCCGUUGAAAGCAGCUAAGCGUCGCCCUCCUCCCAUGCAUCCGAAAUGCAGCAGCCCCCAAAGGAUGGCUCUGCAGGAUCCAUGACACCGGCAGGAAGGAAUCUGGCCGUCUCCAGAGCGCUGGCAGUGGAGGAGAGUGGCAGAACACACCAUCUUCGAUGUGUCAUGCAAGAUCUUUCGUUGGCCUCAGGCUUCAGCCAGCCUUUCUCCCGCCUCUCCUCCAGAGUUGUCAACGGCGAGGACGCGGUCCCCUACAGCUGGCCCUGGCAGGUCUCCUUGCAGUAUGAAAAGGAUGGAGCCUUCCACCACACCUGCGGCGGCAGCCUCAUUGCCCCUGACUGGGUCGUAACCGCCGGCCACUGCAUCUCGACCUCCCGGACCUACCAGGUGGUGCUGGGCGAGUAUGACCGCUCUGAGCUGGAGGGCCCCGAACAGGUGAUCCCCAUCAACGCCGGGGACCUCUUCGUGCACCCUCUCUGGAACUCCAACUGCGUGGCCUGCGGCAACGACAUCGCCCUCGUCAAGCUCUCGCGCAGCGCCCAGCUGGGAGACAAGGUCAAGCUCGCCAGCCUCCCUCCCGCCGGUGACAUCCUGCCCAACGAAGCCCCCUGCUACAUCAGCGGCUGGGGCCGCCUCUACACUGGCGGGCCGCUCCCGGACAAGCUGCAGGAGGCGCUGCUUCCCGUGGUGGACCAUGAGCACUGCUCCCGGUGGGACUGGUGGGGCAUCACUGUGAAGACCACCAUGGUGUGCGCCGGCGGGGACACCCGCUCCGGGUGCAACGGUGACUCUGGAGGACCCCUCAACUGCCCGGCAGCAGAUGGCUCCUGGCAGGUCCAUGGUGUGACCAGCUUCGUUUCUGCCUUUGGCUGCAACACCAUCAAGAAGCCCACGGUGUUCACGCGAGUCUCAGCCUUCAUUGACUGGAUUGACGAGACAAUUGCAAGCAACUAGAACCAAGGCCAAGGUGGCAGUGCCCAUCCAUACUCUUUGGGAAAAAUAAAAGAUCUCUCAGAAAAUUCCAA